UGUGAUGGGACUUGAGAUAUAAAGGAGCUGGUGAAGUGACAACAACACAACCCAGAGUCUGGAUCAACACCCGAAAACCUUCCACAACCAACAGACCAGCAGCCAAGAUGAGAUCUAUAGGGCCGGUGAUUGUUUUCCUCACUGUGGCAGCAUUUCACAGCGCUCUUUCAGCGUCUUUGGAAUCUGCAGUGAAGGAGGAAACAGCUGCUCAUAACGAUGGACUAACUGAGCUCCUGAAAAUAGAUCAGAUGGAGUUUGAGGCAGCUCAGAAGAACGAGGCGGCUGAGAUGAAUGUGACUGAGGACCAGAGUCAGGACGUCCACUACCUCGAGGCUGCUCAGGACGAAUCUGAGGAGGAGCGUGUUGAGUUUGCGGACGAGGACAACACAGCAGAGGGAGGCGGCAACUCUGACGCAGCAGCUCAGGAGGAGUCAGAGUCUGAGUCCUCUGAGGAAGCAGAUGGGAGACAGAGGAGGGAGCAUCAGGAAGCAGUUACAGAGACUGUGAGCAGUUUGGAUGAAGUCAGUCAGGAUUCAACCAAGGAACAAGAUGUGCUGGAGUGAGACAACGCUGCAGCGUGCGGAUCCUGGCACGCACUCGUCACCCAGUGCCCGAGCAGCGCUGGACCUACUGUCAAUAAAAAGGGAAAUAUCCCACCUAUCUGUUUAA